CCUCUAUACACCCUAGGUGUUCUCUUGGUCUCCAUCCCAUGUCCCUCUCUACCAGACUACAGUGACGGACGAAGGGAUCGCGUAAAAGAUCACGACGUCAUGUUCCUGAGGCGGUGAGGUCAGGCAGAAUCGCCCCGCCACGGACGGGCUCAAGAGUCAAAUAUUGCACUCUCUCCACCUCCGUUGUUCUCACUUUUCCAAUCGCUCCUGGAUCGAAAUCCCCUCCCUCCGAAUUGAGAAUGACGACAACCUUUCCCGUUGCAGAUCCGCUCACCAUUCUGCCCCCCGAGAUUGUCCUGCGCAUCUUGGAAUUCUCCCCGGUCGCGACCCUCGCGUCUCUAACCGCCGCCUCCAAGGCCUGGCACCGAUUUAUCGACGGCGCGCAUCAAGAAGCGAUUUACACCUCAAAGACGACACAACCCCCCGGUGGCGCCCGUGAUCUCUCUUUCCUUUCUAACGCUACUAGCUACGCCAAUUUCUUCGAAGGAACGUCGUCAUGGAAGGACCUUUGCAAGCGACAGACGCUGCUCUCCCGUAACUGGGCUGCGUCCCCGCCAGCGAGCCGGGAAUCCGUCGUGCAGGUCGGGAAUGAUCCCGUUUGGCGAUUCCGUCCUGACUUCAAGCGUCGAUUCUUCGUUUCCACAUCUCAUGGCGGUGGCUUGAAUGUCACUAGCAUGGACACGGGUCGCGUUAUCUGGAGACUCCCGUCGACGCUGGAUACGGUGGAUGGCGAACAUGGAGUUCGUCCGUAUGCACACUUGGAAUAUCAGGAUGGGAUGGCGGUGUUCGAUUGUGAGGGGGAUGCGGUGGAGGUUUGGCAGGCGGGCUUGGAAGGUGCACAACAUGGGGAGUUCCGGCAGAUUGCUGUCUUAAACCACGAUUGCCAGACCAGAGGCUUCCAGCUGUCCUUCUGGACGUUAUGUGUGGUGUCGAGUGAAGGGCAGGGUUUUGUCUAUGAUAUGACGCAACGCCCUCCCAAGCUGCGGACGCACCUCAAAAUUCAGGAUGGUGGUAUCGGUCACCUCGACCAGAGUGCCGACGUUGUGAUCUAUUCCAUGGGCCCGGGGGGCUUUCAUGCGCACGACAAGACGACGGGGGAGUUCUUGGGUGCCCUCCACCCGUCGGAGUGUACGGACAAGUAUCACAUCCGCCCACCAGCCGCCGAAUCUCCGAAUGCUACGAGUCGACCGUUUCUUCCUGGCUCUAAGCGCAAAGACUCCCUCCUACCAGUCACAGUCGCAAAGGGUCCUCUUCCGACCCCGACCGACCCGGAUCAUGUUUGGGACGGCGAGAACGAGUGGGGAUCAGGGAUGAUAAAUGGGAACCUCUUCGUCGGUUUCUCCCGCGCCGGUCGGGUCUUUGUGUGCUGGGACUGGCGUAAAGCCCUCCAAAGCGGUGUUGAGGCCCACAGUUCCAUUAUCGAGUGUGAAACAGAUGGAUCCACCUUUGAUCUAGGUGGCUGGCUGUCCGUGCGAAACCAUCGCCUGAUGUUCGAGAUCCAGGACCGGAUCUAUAUCGUCGCGCUGGAUGACGACGACCGAAUCCAGUGUUCUGACAGUCCCGCCCGCGCGUCGUACUCCCUCCUCACCAGCUCUGCCCCACAGCUAGCCGUGCCGGUCAGUUUCAUGGGGCUCUAUGAUGAUGCAAUCAUGUCAACUUACACUACCCUUGGCUGGCGCCAACCUCUCAUUAACCUUCCCGGAGGCCAACCUCCACGACACGAUAACGCCGCCCGCAUUUUCCCCACGAAAGCCAUCCGGAUCGUCAACCUAGCACCUGAACUCUCCGACAAGCCGGAUGCCCCCUCUGAUGCCGACCAGGCUCAAAACCAGACUGGAGAAGGCGAAGGCCCGCACAAUCCGCCAGCAGAGGAGGUCUGGCGAUCCCAGGCGGGACUUUUGCAGCUGAUCAACAUGCUUGGAGGUGAGUUUGGGGAGUUGGAGGAGGAAGACGAGGGGGAAGAUGAAUUGGAGGCUUUGUUUCCAGAUGCACAUAAUGGCGACUCCGACGGGUGGGAGGACGAUGAUGAUGAUGACGACGACGAUCACGAAGAUCACGAGAAUACGCACCAGCCUCCGCAUGAGGGCGCCUAAGUUUGAGGGAAUUCUGGAGUUGCUGGUGGGGUUGACGUGUUACCAAACCGGGUUUGACCUUGACCUCAACCUUGGAAUCCCUACCGAGGGGAGCAACUAGGUCAGCCUAGGGUCAACCACAUCGAGUCAGCGCCUUAUCGCAUGAAAUCGAACGAGUGUCCUGGGUCCCGACUAACCUGCAGGGCACCAUCCUACUGUACUAACCGGAGUUUAGGGCGUAUGGUGUUACGUACCCAGAACAACUCGCAUUCAAGGUAGACAAUAGAAAAUCCCAAGCGCUAUACAGUGCGGCGUUUUACAAGCUGGGGCUAUUUGGUGGCUACAUCGACCUCAUUUGAAUUAUAGGCCCAGGCUAGGUCUUUUCACGGGCACGGCCACGAAUUUCCAAUUACGUUGCUAUGGAUAAGUCGACGGCAUCAUGUACAAAAGGAUAAAUUGAUCUUAUCACCUAGUCAACAGGAUCGGCUUUCUACCAAGUCCACAUUGAUCGGAAAAUUUCGUCUACGCAGGGAAGAUUCGUAUCAAAUACGUUUUAAAUGAAUAUUUCCUUGACCGAGAGACAGCCAUACAACCAUCGUGGACAAAGACGUCACGCCGUUGAUGAAAUUCUAUUCUAGAUGACUCCAUCCGCUUUGAAUUGAAUGGGUUAACUUCCCAGCCUGUUCAAAGAAUUCUAGAGCACAUAGACUUCUAGAGCAGACCAUACGGCCCCAUUAUGGUAAUGCGCCA